AUGGCUUUGGUCACGGUCACAUCACCAUUACCCAAAUCCAAAAUCUCCCCAGUUAUGCUUGGAGAAGCGACGGCGUCAGAUGUGGUGGGCGAGAGGAAGAGGACUUUGUUUAGGGGAAGAGAAUGGAAGAGAUUGGAUAUUGAAACACCUUUCGUUGUUUGUGCAGUGCAUUGUCUUAGUCUUUUUGCGCCGGUUCAGUUCAAUUGGAGUGCGUUCUGGGUAGCUUUUGCGCUCUCUGUGAUCACAGGGCUUCUGGGUAUUACUCUUUCUUUUCAUAGAAAUCUUUCACACAGGAGUUUCAAGCUCCCCAAAUGGCUGGAGUACUCAUUUGCAUAUUGUGGAGUUCAUGCACUUCAGGGGCAUCCAAUUGAUUGGGUGAACGUUCAUAGGUCCCAUCACAAGUUUGGUGAUUCUGAGAGAGAUCCACAUAGUCCCAUUGAAGGCUUUUGGUAUAGUCACAUGAGUUGGCUCUUGUAUAGAAAAUCUAUCACUAAAAGGUGUCGAGAGGAUAACAAUGUUGGGGACUUGAAGAAGCAGCCAUUCUAUAGGUUUAUGCAAAGAACCUAUAAUUUACAUGCGAUUGCAUUAGGUGUUUUGCUUUAUGCAUUGGGAGGGUUUCCCUUCCUUGUGUGGGGAAUGGGAGUAAGAAUUGUUUAUGCGUGGCACAUAACUUGGAUGGUAAACUCUGUUUGCCACAUAUGGGGAAAGCAAGCAUGGAAAACUGGCGAUUUGUCCCGAAACAAUUGGUUGGUGGCAGUGCUUUCAUUUGGAGAGGGUUGGCAUAAUAACCACCAUGCCUUUGAGUACUCUGCUCGACACGGCCUCGAAUGGUGGCAACUUGACUUGACUUGGAUUGUGGUUAGGCUUCUUCAAGCUGCAGGAUUGGCCACCCAAGUGAAGCUGCCGAAUGAAAUGCAAAAACAGAGGAUGGCCCUUCAACCAUUGAAGAACUGUUAA